UCUACCUGUUUAUUUUUAGGUUUAGUUGGUGGUCCUGAAUAUGCGAUGUAUUUAAUACCACCACUUGAGAGUUUGGCGACAGUUGAGGAAACCGUUGUGCGUGACAAAGCUGUGGAAUCUUUGCGUACUGUUGCAGCUGAACACAGCGCUCAGGACCUUGAAAUUCAUGUUGUACCAACUCUACAGCGUUUAGUUUCUGGUGACUGGUUUACUUCUCGUACUUCUGCAUGUGGAUUGUUUUCAGUGUGCUAUCCUAGAGUUUCGCAAGCUGUUAAGGCUGAGUUACGUGCAAAUUUUCGUAAAUUAUGUCAAGAUGAAACACCCAUGGUACGCAGAGCAGCUGCUAGUAAACUUGGAGAGUUUGCAAAGGUCGUCGAGAUAGAAUAUCUAAAGUCAGAUCUUAUACCAAAUUUUGUUCAAUUGGCGCAAGAUGAUCAAGUAAUGUUCUAUGUUUUAUUUGCGAUUUUCACACUUGGUAGUAUGUAUAUUGUUGUUUACGACUUUUUUAUUUCAAAAUUUUAUUACUGGAAGACUUCUUAAUUAUUUUCUUCGUUUUUGUUGGGGUGUUGGGUUUAUUAAAUUUAAGUUCUAUUCCCAAAUGAGACCAUCUACCACAAUAGCCCAGGACUUUGUAAAAAUAAAACAAAAUAUAUUUUUAAAUUUUAAUGCAGAUGUAAAUCUUUUUGUAUAUAAGGUGGCGGACAAAAUAAUAGAAACGACCUUAUUUUGUCGCAAAAACUAAAUUU